AUGAGAUGGCGACGCGCCCCGCGCCGCUCCGCCGGCAGCGCCGGCCCCCGGGCCCCGCGCCCCGGUCCCGCCGCCCGCUCGCCGCCGCCGCCGCCGCUGCUGCUGCUGCUGCUGGGGACCGCGGCCCUGGCUCCGGGGGCGGCGGCCGGCGACGAGGCGGCUCCCGCGGGGCCCUCGGUGUGCUACUCGUCCCCGCCCAGCGUGGGCUCGGUGCAGGAGCUGGCUCAGCGCGCCGCGGUGGUGAUCGAGGGAAAGGUGCACCCGCCGCGGCGGCAGCAGGGGGCACUCGACAGGAAGGCGGCGGCGGCGGCGGCGGCGGCGGGCGAGGCAGGGGCGCCGGGGCCGCCCACCGCCCACGGGACCGUGCCCUCCUGGCCCACCGCCCCGGCCCCCGGCGCCGGCGACUCCGCCGAGGAGGCGCCUUAUCUGGUGAAGGUGCACCAGGUGUGGGCGGUGAAAGCCGGGGGCUUGAAGAAGGACUCGCUGCUCACCGUGCGCCUGGGGACCUGGGGCCACCCCGCCUUCCCGUCCUGCGGGAGGCUCAAGGAGGACAGCAGGUACAUCUUCUUCAUGGAGCCCGAUGCCAACAGCAGCAGCGGCAGCCGCUCGCCGGCCGCCUUCCGAGCAUCCUUCCCCCCUCUCGAGACGGGCCGGAAUCUCAAGAAGGAGGUGGGCCGGGUGCUGUGCAGGCGCUGCGCCCUGCCUCCCCGAUUGAAAGAGAUGAAAAGCCAGGAGUCAGCGGCAGGUUCCAAACUAGUCCUUCGGUGUGAAACCAGUUCUGAAUACUCCUCUCUCAGAUUCAAAUGGUUCAAGAAUGGGAAUGAAUUAAACCGAAAAAACAAACCACAAAACAUCAAGAUACAGAAAAAGCCAGGGAAAUCAGAACUUCGCAUUAACAAAGCAUCACUGGCUGAUUCUGGAGAAUAUAUGUGCAAAGUGAUCAGCAAAUUAGGAAAUGACAGUGCCUCUGCCAAUAUCACCAUUGUGGAUUCAAAUGAGACCAUCACAGGCAUGCCAGCCUCAACUGAAAGAGCAUAUGUGUCUUCAGAGUCUCCCAUUAGAAUAUCAGUAUCAACAGAAGGAGCAAAUACUUCUUCCUCUACAUCCACAUCUACCACGGGGACAAGCCAUCUCGUGAAGUGUGCCGAGAAGGAGAAAACUUUCUGUGUAAAUGGAGGAGAGUGCUUCAUGGUGAAAGACCUUUCAAACCCCUCCAGAUACUUGUGCAAGUGCCCAAAUGAGUUUACUGGUGAUCGCUGCCAAAACUACGUAAUGGCCAGCUUCUACAAGCAUCUUGGGAUUGAAUUUAUGGAAGCGGAGGAGCUCUACCAGAAGAGAGUGCUGACCAUAACGGGCAUCUGCAUCGCUCUGCUAGUGGUCGGCAUCAUGUGUGUGGUGGCCUACUGCAAAACCAAGAAACAGCGGAAAAAGCUCCAUGACCGGCUUCGGCAGAGUCUUCGUUCUGAACGCAACAACAUGGUGAACAUAGCCAACGGACCCCACCACCCUAACCCGCCCCCCGAGAACGUGCAGCUGGUGAACCAAUAUGUAUCUAAAAAUGUCAUCUCUAGUGAGCACAUUGUUGAGAGAGAAGCAGAGACAUCUUUUUCCACCAGUCACUAUACCUCGACAGCACAUCACUCCACUACUGUCACCCAGACUCCUAGUCACAGCUGGAGCAACGGGCACACUGAAAGCAUCAUUUCGGAAAGUCACUCUGUAAUCAUGAUGUCAUCAGUAGAAAACAGUAGGCACAGCAGCCCAACUGGGGGCCCAAGAGGACGUCUUAAUGGCAUAGGAGGCCCUCGUGAAUGUAACAGCUUCCUCAGGCAUGCCAGAGAAACCCCUGACUCCUACCGAGACUCUCCUCACAGUGAAAGGUUUGUGUCAGCCAUGACCACCCCGGCUCGUAUGUCACCUGUAGAUUUCCACACGCCAAGCUCCCCCAAAUCGCCCCCUUCGGAAAUGUCUCCACCCGUGUCCAGCAUGACGGUGUCCAUGCCCUCCGUGGCAGUCAGCCCCUUCGUGGAAGAAGAGAGACCUCUGCUUCUCGUGACACCACCAAGGCUGCAGGAGAAGAAGUAUGGCCACCACCCUCAACAGGUCACCUCCUUCCACCACAACCCCGCGCAUGAGAGUAACAGCCUUCCCCCUAGCCCCUUGAGGAUAGUGGAGGAUGAGGAGUAUGAAACGACCCAGGAGUAUGAGCCCGCUCAGGAGCCUGUUAAGAAACUCGCCAGUAGCCGGCGGGCCAAAAGAACCAAGCCCGAUGGCCACAUUGCCAACAGGUUGGAAAUGGACAGCAACACAAGCUCCCAGAGCAGUAACUCAGAGAGUGAAACGGAAGACGAAAGAGUAGGUGAAGACACACCUUUCCUGGGCAUACAGAACCCCCUGGCAGCCGGUCUUGAGGCAGCACCUGCCUUCCGCCUGGCUGACAGCAGGACUAACCCAGCAGGCCGCUUCUCGACACAGGAAGAAUUGCAGGCCAGGCUGUCUAGUGUAAUUGCUAACCAAGACCCUAUUGCUGUAUAAACCCUAAAUAAACACAUAGA